AUGUCUACAAAUUGGAUGUCAGAUUCAGAUGUACCACCGGGAAUCAACCUUAGGCUCUAUGGUGGUACUGGGGGUGCUGGAGGAGCUGGAGGCCACCAUGGAGGCCAGGGUGGGACAGGCCAGGGGGCAACUGUGAAUUUCAAUGACUACCGAACAUAUACUGCUCCUGAUGGUCCUGAAAGAUCAAAAGUCAUUAAUUGGAUCUCCCCAAUUAAUAUGUUUCCUCGGCAUCAGGCAAUUCAGAAUGAACGACAGGAGAACACUAGCGAUUGGCUCUUGCAGCACCCAGAAUUUCUAGGAUGGAAAGAACAUUCAGGUAGAAUCCUUUGGUGUUCUGGAAUUCCUGGAAUGGGCAAAACAGUUCUUGUGUAA